AUGUUCCUCAGCAACGCUGGCAACAUGUCGAUGGGCAACAACAACGCCAACGCCAAUGGCGGCAAUAUGGGCGCUGGUCUCGGCUUCGGCAUGAACAACAACUCCAACCAAAUGCACGGCAACAUGGCCAACGGUGUCCAGUCGCAGGAGACGGGCAACUCGAAUUCCAACUCUGAGUACACACUCGCCGGCAUCCUUCAUCAUUUGCAGGGCGAAUGGCGCAGAUACGAGAAGGACCGCAACGAGUGGGAGAUCGAGCGAGCCGAGAUGCGUGCACGCAUCGCUCUGCUCGAAGGAGAGCGCAGAGGCGUCGAGAACCUCAAGACGGAUCUCAUGAGGAGAGUCAAGAUGCUCGAGUAUGCGCUGCGACAGGAGCGCACCAAGUACCUGUCUUCAAGUGGUUCCGCACAGUCUCCGCAGUCUUCCACCGCACCUCAGGUCAAGAACCCAUUGUUGCACAGUCUGGAGAAGGGCACUACCAUGAGCAGCGGCCGCAGCUCGCCGGCUCCCUUCGCAGAGUCUGCUCCAACCGCAUCCGCCAUCGCUGCUGCGGGCGGCAGCUCUCUCAAUGCCAGUGCACUGGCUGGCGGUCUUCCUUCGCGAUCUACCUCCAGUGCAAAGGAUCCCAAGUCACGCGCAAAGAGCCGCGAGUACCUCAAGCAAUGCCUGCAGGAGAUCUCAUACCUCACCUCUGCGACCACGCUCAAUCCGCUUCCAGACCGAGGCAUCGCUUCGGGCUCGUCGGCCAACGGUGCUAACAUGCAGAACUCGUUGCGCCCGAGAAAGACGAUGCUUGAGAGUGUUCCUCCAACGCUGGCAGCGCCGACCGAGUCGCAUGCUGCCAUGGCAGGGUCGAUCAGUCGCGCUUCGGCUGCUACUGCGCUCGGCGUGCCGAGCUCCAAGACCGGUCGACCCGGUCGUUCACCUCUGUUCGCCUCGGAGGCGGUGGUUGAGGAGGGCAACGAGACCGAGGAAGUCUCCGGCCAGGAUUUUCAGGCUGAGCCAGGGCAGCGAGAGGACAACGCUGAAGAACAACAGCAGCAACCGAGCUCUGGCGCUUCCAGUGCUGUUCCAUUGAGAAACCCUCUCAGCGCCACUUUCAUCGAGCCAGAGCCGUCCUCUCUGGCCACCUCGAGCGAGCCUGCCGAUGCUCAGGAACAAGACGAGGCUCCCGGCAGUUCCAACUCUUCGGAUUCUUCGCGAUCGACGCAAUCGACCGACUCGCGGGGUACCUCGGGCGGGAGCAUGACCGAUCAAGAGGUCGACGAGCAGGAGCAAGUGACCGCCAUCUUCAAGCCAGGUGGUCGAGACUGGCAGAAGCUCAAGGAGGCGGGCAUCCAGAGUCGCGAGCUUCGUGAAUCACAAGGGCAAGGUCAAGCCGGCGAGGAAGCCUCCCUCAUCUCUGAAGCGCAGCAGCAGCUGGCCAUCACAUCGGAAAAGGUGAACCAGCUGAUGAACCGCAGCGGUAAAGCGAGCGGCUCGGAGCGAACGCAAGAGGAAGACCUGGCCAACAUCAGCCUGGCUACAGAAGACGAGGAAGCGGCUAAGGAUGCCGCCGACACUGCCGCAGACAGCUUGCUGUGGAAGUCCAAGAAGGUGCUUCGCAGUCACCUCGAUGCAGUACGAGCGGUGACAUUCCUGCAAAACGAGAUGACGCUGCUUUCGGCUUCGGACGACAACACGAUCAAGUUCUGGAAUCUCGACGUGGGCACGCUGAGCCAGCCGGCGUCCAAGUCGGGCACGGACAGCCAGCCGCUGGUCACCUUCCGCGGCCACUCUGCUGCGGUGACCUGUCUCGCGGUGUCACCGAACAAGCGUCGCUUCUACAGUGGCAGCUUGGACUCUUCGAUCCGCGUCUGGCAGCUGCCAGACCAGGACGUGGAAGCGUAUCCGCCCUUCGAGAAGUCGAUGGAGCUCGGCUGCCUCGUGGGACACUCGCAGGCGGUGUGGGACCUCGCAUUGCUUCCGGAUCGCUCCGAUGAGGAGGGUCGGCUGGUCAGCGCUUCCGCGGACGGCACCGUCAAGGUCUGGAGCGUGCGUGGAAGCAGUGCUUCGCCCACUGCGAGCAACGGAGAGGCGACCUCGAGUGCAUCUCCUGCCGAGCUCCAACUUAGUUGGGACUACUUUGGCAGCGAACCAUCGGCCGACACGGCGAAGGAGCGCGAGAAUCUCGAGAAAGGCGGCGCACUCCCCGUGCCCACCUGCGUGGAGGCGUGUCACUCGGACUUGCGCCUGGUUGCGGUGUCGUACUCCAACUCGGUGGUCAAGCUCUUCGACCUCGACUCGGGCCGCCAAAUGCGCCAGCUCAAGAGCGACGAGACCUUCGACGGCACGGCCGAGACGCAAAUCAACAAGCUCGUGACCCACCCGACGUUGCCGAUGCUCAUCACCGCUCACGAAGACGGCUACAUCCGUAUGUUUGAUCUCGACACGGGCGCGUGCACGCUCUCGAUGGUGGCGCACCUGGACGCGGUGACGUCGCUCGACAUUGAUGCGUCGGGACUGACGCUCGUCUCGGGCGGUCACGACUGCAGCGUGCGCUUCUGGGACAUUGCCGGUGGCUCGCUGGCGGGCAAGGAGGGGGCCACGGCUGGUGAGGGCGACAAGUCGACGGCCGUGUGCAGGCAGGAGAUCAGCUCGCAUCGCAACAAGGCGAGCGAGGGUGUUUUGGCCGUCAAGUAUCACCCCACUGCGCCGUACUUUGCUUCGGCCGGCGCCGACGGUGUCAUCCGCAUCUAUGGUUAG